AUGAUUAAAAGCGCUCAGAAUAUAAUUGGAUCAGUGAUGUGUUGUCCAGGAUGCUUCAGUCUGUAUCGUGUUAAAGCUCUAGCAGGAGUGAUGAGUCUGUAUUCUGAACCUACUUUAGAAGCUGGUGAUGUUUUUACUAAAGACACUGGUGAAGACCGAUGGAUGUGUACUUUGAUGAUGUUAAGAGGAUGGAAGCUGAAAUACUCUACAUUCGGUGUGAACAGUACAUUCUGCCCUGACACCAUCACCGAAUUCAUCAAACAACGACGACGAUGGAUUCUAUCAGAUUUCGCCAACUCUCUUAUGGUGUUUAAGAACUUGCCACAGUUGAUCCGAAGCAAUGGUUGCUUCUCAAUGAUAUACGUCUUCUAUCUAUUACAGUUGUUCUUUAUCGUGUUUCUAUCACCAGGAUCAACAAUUAUUAUGUUGACUGUGGGGCUGGACGUGCUGAUAAAAGUUCCCUUUGUAAUAAUUACUCCUAUGGUGGUAGCGCUGUUUGUCCUGUAUGGUGUCCUGUGUGUACAGCUGUCUUCCCAAAGUCAGAUAACUCUAACUAAAGUGUUUAUGUUGAUACUGGGAUUAUCCAUGAUAUGUGUGGUUGUAGGUGCGGCUGUGUUCGUCGUUCAUGAUAUUAUUACAGAAAACAACUUGCAACUUCAAGAACAUUUUAUUUUGAUCGCCCUGACCGCAAGUAUAUUCUAUGCCGCCAUUUUGCAUCCAAGUGAAUGUUACCUUUUAGUCCAUGGUAUCUUCUAUGUCUUCUUUUUUCCCACCAUGCACAUACUACUUCCGGUUUAUGCUUUAAGUAACAUAGUCGAUCAAACUUGGGGAACCCGAGAAAAUGUAAGUAUAUUUUUAUUUAUUUAG